AUGUCUUUCUUUCAUUCUUUCUUUCUUUCUUUCUUUCUUCAUUUAUUUAUUUAUGUAUUUUCAUUCAUUUGCCGACUUUUGUGCUUUUUUCUUCUUUCAUUUUUCGUUUGUUGGGCUUUCUUUCUUUCUUUCUUUCUAACAUUUCUUUCUUUGUUUAGUUUUUGUUUGCUUGCAUUUGUACUUAUUUUUUCGUUUGUUGGGCUUUCUUUCUUUCUUUCUUUCUUUCUUUCUAACAUUUUUUUCUUUUUGAUCAUUGCUGAUUAUAUAUUUUUCUUCUUAAUUUUUCAUUCUUUUUUUCUUACAUUUUUUAUUUGGUUUAUAUAUACCUUCAAUUACUUUUCGUUUGUCCGACAUUCUUUUUUCUUUCUUUUUCUUUUUCUUUCCUUCUUUUCAUUCUUCUUUUUUUUUUAUAUUUUCAUUCUUUCUUUCUUUCUUUCUUUCUUUCUUUCUUUCUUUCUAACUAACGUUUGCCGAUAUGUCUUUCUGUUACAUUUCCAUCUCUAUCAGCCACUGUCUUUUAUUGUUUUUAUUCAUUCAUUCAUUCAUUCAUUAACGCUUUCUUUCUUUUGUUAUUGCUUUCUCUCUUUUUCUUUUUUAAUUCUUUUACCUUCCUUUUCUUAA